CCAAGUCUCAAACAACAGCUAUCUUGCAAUCUUCUUCUCAUAUUGUUCUUCAUUUCUACUAAUAAAAACAACCACCAAAGUCUCAUAAUUCACAACUCAUCCUUCUAUUCUUCCUUUAUAAUGGUUUAGGUUUUGCUUUUCCCCUCUCUCUCUCUCUCUCUCUUCUUGAAUUACACGCUCUUCUGCUUGGUUCGUUGUGCCAUUGAACUCAUGGGCCCUCAACUCCACUCAAGUUUAAUGGUCUCUAUCUCCUCUUUCAGUGCUCUCUCUUUGCCUUGCCCCCAUUUUCUUGCUGUCUCCCAUUUAUCUCGUUUUUCUUCCUAUAGUUUUAUGACAAGAUAAGCUUCUGCAGUUUCUGUUUUCUCUCUUUAGAAACUAUGGUAUGGUAGUUUAUCUUGUGAGGCGUCUCCGUUUGGGUUGUUGAUUUUGGUGAUGGGUUUUGCAUAUAAUGCAGUAAUGAUGUUGGGUUUGUGUUGUGAUCAACUGUGGUUGACUGUAGUUCAUGGGUUUUGACUCUGGGAUAUAUCUCUGACUUUUUUGUCUUCUUGAACCGAUUUUUGCUUAACUACGGGCUUUUUGAUCUGGGAAUUGGGAAAAUCGGCGAAUUUUCAACGUGGACUUAUGCAUUUGUUUUUUCCGUAUGUUUUGUGUACGAAUGAUGAGUGAAAGAUAAGAACUUGAUUUUGGUGGUGUUAAAUCUGGUUUCGGCAAGUUCUUGAAGGACGAAAAUGGACAGAAUGAUUCAACCUCCUCUGGUUGAUACAACUGCGUGUUUGUGUAGAGUAGAUGCAGGCCUCAAAACUGUUGCUGGAGCAAAAAAAUAUGUUCCUGGGACAAGGCUGUGUCUUCAACCUGACAUUAAACCAUCUAUUCAUCCAACUAGGAACAAGCCACCUAGUGGCAGCCGAAGCAGAAACCAAUCUCCUUUGCUUCCAGGGCUUCCUGAUGAUCUUGCUAUUGCUUGUCUGAUACGAGUCCCAAGGGUCGAGCACCGUAAGCUCCGUUUAGUCUGCAAAAGAUGGUGCCGUCUUUUGUCAGGUAACUUCUUUUACUCGCUUCGGAAAAGCCUUGGGAUUGCAGAGGAAUGGAUAUAUGUCAUUAAGAGAGAUCGAGAUGGGAAAAUCUCAUGGCAUGCUUUUGACCCCAUAUACCAGCUUUGGCAGCCUCUGCCUCCUGUCCCUAAGGAAUAUUCUGAAGCCCUAGGGUUUGGUUGUGCUGUUCUUAGUGGCUGUCACCUUUACUUGUUUGGUGGUAAAGACCCGCUAAAAGGAUCAAUGAGACGAGUCAUUUUUUAUAGUGCCAGGACUAAUAAAUGGCACCGUGCCCCUGAUAUGCUUCGCAGGCGACAUUUUUUUGGUUCUUGUGUCAUAAAUAAUUGCUUGUAUGUUGCUGGUGGGGAGAAUGGGGGAGCACAUCGGUCCUUGAGAUCAGCAGAAGUUUAUGAUCCAAACAAGAAUAGAUGGUCUUUCAUUUCAGAUAUGAGCACAGCAAUGGUGCCCUUCAUUGGGGUUGUUUAUGAGGGGAAGUGGUUCUUAAAGGGGCUUGGAUCUCACCGUCAGGUUCUUAGUGAGGUCUACCAACCAGAAACUGACAGUUGGUACCCUGUAUAUGAUGGAAUGGUUACUGGAUGGAGAAACCCAAGUGCUUCCCUAAAUGGACAUCUCUAUGCUUUGGACUGCAAGGACGGCUGCAAACUCAGGGUUUAUGAUGAAGUGACUGAUUCUUGGAGCAAGUAUAUCGACAGUAAGAUGCAUUUGGGGAACUCUCGAGCUUUGGAGGCGGCAGCUCUUGUUCCACUUAAUGGAAAACUUUGCAUAAUCCGCAAUAAUAUGAGUAUAUCUCUGGUUGAUGUUUCAAAAUCCGAUGGUGUGAGAGGAGCUUCUGCUGAACAUCUUUGGGAGACCAUAUCAGGGAAAGGUCAAUUUAAGACAUUAGUUACAAACCUAUGGUCAAGCAUUGCUGGGAGGAACCGCCUGAAAAGUCACAUUGUUCAUUGCCAGGUUCUUAUAGCAUAAUGACUGUAAAUUGUAUUGCCUCGAGAGUUGAGCUCUCUGGUUUUUAUGCUGUUAAUGUCUCUUAAAUUUGAUGAGCGGAGAGACCAAAAUAUUGCAGGCCAUGAAAUGAUGCCUUGUACACCCUUUGGGAUUCCUAUUGGAAUUUAAAGAUUUAUACAUACAAUGAGAGCUGCUGGAUGGAUGAGAGUAUAUGUUUGCUAGUUGUAGUUUUACAAAUAUUUAUAUCAUAUACAACUUUUACAUGUUAAUUAACGAGCCUUUUGUUUAAA